AAACUGUUACAUAUAAAUUUAUUUUUAUUUUAUUAUUUUAUCAAGUACGUGAAUUGUUAAAUAUAUAAGUAAUUGCAACUAUGAUACUGCGCCUGAUCUUGAUCUUGGGAGUUUUGGGAUGUCAUUCAAAAAUUAAUCAUAAAGAUAGCAGUUAUUUGAAUCAUGUACAGUUGGUUCAUCAAUUCAGAUGUUCGUUACCGCAACCACGAGCUGUACCCAUUGAAGAACUUUUGUCAGUUGGUCCAAGUCCUGAUGAAAUAUUUUAUCCUGUUUCAACAGUCCUGGCUCGGUGCGAUGGUGCUGGAUGCUGUGCCCAAGAAAAUCAAGUGUGCGGACCAGUACAAUCGCGUAAUGUCAGUCUUGUAUUUAUGGUGAAGCAUCGGAUCGAUCAGCAACGAGACCGGCAUCAUGAAAUCAUUCAUGCUGUUGAGCAUAUCAAGUGCGCUUGUGUUGACAAAGACAAGGAGCCUUUUCAAAAUUUUUAACAUCCAUUGAUUUUUUAAUUAUCCAUUGAUUUAUUAAUUAUCUUUAAUUGAUAUUUUAACAUUUCACAAUUAAGCAAUUAACGUUUGUGGAAUGUGUUUUUUUAAUUUUUACGUGUGAUGGUUUUUAAAGAAACUGUAGCACUUAGAUACUGUUUUUUUUUUUUUUUUUACAAAUUGUACUCGUGUACUUUGCACUUAAUUGGCAAGUUGAAAGAAUUUUCUUGCCGCUUCUAAAUCACGUUUAAUAGUCUCGUUGUCGGGAGCUAAUUUAAGGGCUGCCUCUAAUUCUGGAAUUCCGUGCUGAGGUGCCGACAAUUUACAGAGAGCCGCACCAAAACGGGCAUGACACCGGGCCCGUGAUUCACGAUUACCUUCGCACUUUGGUUCCAUUAAUUCUAGAGCCUGUUUGAAUUUUUUUAUGUUUUUAUAAUUAUAAUAACAAUAAUUAAAUUAAUCAUUACGUAAUAAAAAAAAAUUAUACUGUAAGGAAUCGAUACCAUUGAAAUGUAAAAACUGACUCUUUCAUUAAGUUAUUAAUUUUGUAUUAAAUAUUUUGAAUAAAAAUAUUAAAAUUUUA